AUGCAAGCAGAAAAGCAGCAAACUUGGAAAAUCAAUGUACAUGCUAGAUCCAAAAAAUUCCGUUUCAAAUUCAAAGCAACAAAAACAGAUCAACCCAUCUGGAAGUUGCCCAAAUUCUCAAUCUUUCUGAGGAUCCAUAAAUUUCUCCUCCAAGUGAAUACAGAACCUGGAACUUCAAUUCCCCGAUGGAAAAAACCAAGAACCCUGAAAUCAAAAUUCCUCAAUUUUUUUCGAAAGUUCAAGACUUUACCGUCGAAGAAACAGACAACUGCAGCAGAGAAAACCCAAAAUCUCCAAAACCCAGAUAAUAAAUUACGUGUGGAUCAAAAGAGAGAAAUUGGUUAUGAUUAUGAGAUGCCAUUUUGUAUUGGAUCUUUGCUGGUUGGGACACUUGCAUUGCUAUCAGAAUCAAUCUGCGAGAAAAAUCAGAAGGGAAUUAUCAUCCAUGCUUCAUUUAUCUUGUUAUUUCUUGCUUUCUUGUUCAAGAAAUAUGUAACCGGGAAGGCCAGGACUUUAUUGGUGUUUUUAACAAUGGCAACUGCAGUUUCUGCAGUUUUGUUUCGUUUAGACAAGUACAUGAAUUAUGAUCAAGGUUUGGUCUCAGAAUUUGUCUGGAAGGCAUGGAAUUAUGCUGCUGCUUCUGGGUGUUUAUACGAGCUUUCUCAAGUGGUAAUUUUAUUAAGGAAUGGUAGCCCCAGUGCUACAUGUAGGCGUCCAGUCUUCUUUGAUUAG